ACGCCCAAUAAAAAGUGAUUUAAUUUUUUUUGAAGCUUUGUAGUGAACUAGUUAUAAAAUAUAAAGUUCUGAAAAUCUUCACUGCACUUCUCCUAGCCAAUGUGAGUCUAACAACACCCCAAACAACAAUAACAGCGAGAUAUGGAUAUCACCACAAAUCACAAAUCAUAGACACUGACUAAGAUAUAGAUUAGUCCGUGGAUAUAGAGUUCAUAGAUCGUGUAAGAUUAUAAUCUAUAAUAAACCUUGAUAUAGAGGGGCUGUUUCCUAUAAUGCCUGUAUAACUAAAAUGAAUCUAGAACUUCGACUCCUUUUUCAGAAUUAUCAAUUUGUAUAAAUUAAAAUAUUGUAAAAUGUCUAUACAUGAUAAUCUGGUGCACUGUAUUUAACUAAAUAAUGUAUUAGACACGGGCACACGGCUGUGGUAUCGGAUAAUAAUCGAGGUAGUUAUAUUAACUAUUUUGGCGGGGCACACAAAAACAUUUUACCGGCCGGCGUUUGUGAGGACCAUGAUUAUAUCAUGGUGAGGACAUGGGUCUGGUGUUCGUGCCUAGUUAUAUGUGUCGAUAUCGUCUGCCAGGGUUGCGACUAGGUAGAGGCGGACGAAGUUGUGGUGCGCCGCGGAGUCGUUACUACCCCGAGUCAGAUGAGGCGAACAACCAGAUAGCGUCCUGCGCCCGUGCGCAGUCUUAUGAUAUAAUAAUUAUCAUUAUUAUCUAAUAUGACAACAUUGAGUAUUGACCACGGUAUUGAUCAUCGAUUAUUACCAACUACCUACCAAGCCACAAGUGAAUCUAUGCGAGUAAGUGAGCCCUGAAAAGUGAAACCUGUGCAGGACCGGACUCCAGGGAUAUUGCUAAUAUUGUUUGUUGACCGUCAAUAAUAGUAUACAAUUAUUUUCGUUAUUGGUGUUUGGCUAGAGUAUUGCACCUCAAUUUUGUAUCCAUAAGUGUUGGUCCUUUGAUUAGUACACGGUUCUGACUUAAAAAGUGUAAAUCGAAAAAUAUGAUCGUCGACACAGAUCAAGAAAGAGAGGAUGUCGAGAUCGACUUAAACGAGCAUGGCGAUUGCAAUGGUCCCAAUGCUAAGUAUGUGAAGUUAAUCUCAAGCGAUGGAUGUGAGUUCAUCAUCAAGCGGGAGCUGGCUUUGAUAUCGGGCACAAUCAAAGCCAUGUUGAGUGGACCUGGUCAGUUUUCAGAGAGUGAAACGAACGAAAUACACUUCAGGGAGUUACCAUCGCACGUGUUGCUUAAUGUUUGUAAGUAUUUCGCAUACAAAGCUCGUUAUAAAAACAGUUUAGAAGAAAUACCAGAGUUCGUUAUCAAGCCGCAAAUUGCUUUAGAACUACUGAUGGCUGCCAACUUUUUAGACUGUUAACUACUGUCUUCCACGACAGAAUAUUACUAACUUUUGUUAUUUUAGUAAUAUUAAUAUUUUAAUUUUAUAUAAAAUAUCAUCCAUGCAUCUCCCUAUUUUUAAAAACAAUUUUUUUUUAACAAAAAGAUUAUAACUAUUAUAUACUAGU